AUGUCCAGGUUUUCUCCACAACUCUCCGGUACUCAUGCUCUCGUCACCGGUGGUUCUAAAGGUAUUGGCAGAGUCAUCGUCCAGACUCUUCUCAACGAAGGUGCCAAUGUCUCGUACUGCUCACGCAAAGUGCGCGGCGACGAGUUUGCCGACUUCAAGGGUGCGAACGGAGACGUACUUGCUGUAGGAACUAGCGUGGAUAUUGCUGAUGCCACUGCCCUGAAGAACUGGGUUGAAAAUUCUGCGCAGAAGUUUGGAAGAGUCGAUCUUGUGGUCGCAUGCGCUUGCCCAAUGUUGUUUGAACCAACCAUUGAGCAUUGGGAAAAGAGCUUCCAGGCCGACAUUCUUGGUCUUAUCAAUCUCAUCAACACGUCUGCACCCCAUCUUGAGAAGCAGAAAGGUUCCAUCGUGGUCAUCAGCUCAAUUGCUGGGUUUGAGACAAAGCACCCAGCUAUCCGGGGCCCAUAUAGCACAAUGAAGCGCGCCCAAGCCACACUGGCAAAAGACUUUGGUCGCUGGCUUGCACCGCGUGGUGUUAGGAUCAACACUAUUGUCCCAGGUGCCAUUGAUCCACCACCAGUUUUGCAGCCGGAUGGUACUUUGGAGCCGAGUACCUUCCGCCAGGCCCUAGAUGCUGACCCUGCUUGGUUUGAGGAGCUUGUCAAGUCCAUCCCACUUGGCGUGGUUGGGCAAGGGCAAGAUAUCGCUAACGCUGUGGUGUUCUUGGGUAGCAGGCUCAGCAAGUUCACUAGUGGCACUAACUUGAUUGUGGAUGGAGGCAUGUCCGCUACUCUAUAA